UUCUAUAUGAAGGGGCUAAGGCAAAUCUUCCCAUCCAGAAGAAAAAAGGGAAAGAUCCAUUGGAAAACUUCUCUACCAUGGAUAGACUACUGAACCUGCCCAUGGACCUCAGAGAUUUGCUGAGGACCAUUAGGCUGAAGGCCAAGUAUGCUCUCUUCCUGGUCUUUGUGGUGGUGCUGGUCAUCAUUGAGAAGGAAAACAAGAUCAUCUCAAAAGUGUCAGACAAACUUAACCUGAAGCAGAUGCCACAGAACAUUUUUGAGAUAAACAGCACAGAUUCCAAUAUAGUCUACGCAGAGAAUGGCUCAUUGAUAUCACUAAGUGAACUGGACUCUGCCUUCUUUCAGUUCAGGAAACGGUUGGCAAAUGUCACUCUACAGUUUGGAGGAAGCAACACAUUUCUUUCCGAUGUUCCAAAAACUUCUCGAAAACAUAUACUUCUGAUGGCCACCACACGCACUGGUUCAUCUUUUGUAGGCGAAUUCUUUAACCAGCAAGGCAAUAUUUUUUAUUUGUUUGAACCUCUUUGGCACAUUGAAAGAACUGUGACAUUUGAAUCUAUGGGAGCCAAUGCAGUAGGUUCAGCAAUUGUGUACAGAGAUGUGCUUCAGCAACUUCUUCUGUGUGACCUCUACACCUUAGAGAACUUUAUCUCCCCAACUCCUGAAGGCCAUCUUACGAGGUUUAUGUUCCGUAGGGGCUCCAGCAAGUCCUUAUGUGAAGAUCCAGUAUGCACUCCCUUUGUUAAAAAAGCUUUUGAGAAAUACCAUUGCAAGAAUCGCCGGUGUGGACCUCUGAAUAUGACGCUGGCAAUGGAGGCCUGCUUAAAUAAAGAUCAUGUAGCUAUUAAAGCAGUACGCAUAAGGCAACUGGAGUUCCUGAAAACUCUUGUAGAAGAUCCUCGUCUUGAUAUGAGAAUAAUACAGCUUGUGCGUGACCCCAGAGCUGUUUUGGCAUCGCGCAUGGUAGCUUUCUCUGGAAAAUAUGAAUCAUGGAAAAAAUGGGCUUUGGAAGGAGCUGCCCCCAUACCCGAAGAUGAAGUUCAAAAACUGAGGGGUAACUGUGACAACAUCCGAUUGUCUGCAGAGCUAGGUUUGAGACAACCUAAAUGGCUUAGAGGACGGUAUAUGCUGAUACGAUAUGAAGACAUAGCUAGGUUUCCUCUUCAAAAGGCCAAAGAAAUGUACAGGUUUGCUGGAAUCACACUUACGCCACAAGUAGAAGAAUGGAUUAUCAAAAACACAAAAGCUUCCCAUGACAAUAGUGGCAUUUAUUCUACCCAAAAAAACUCCUCAGAACAAUUUGAGAAGUGGCGUUUUAGCAUACCCUUCAAAUUAGCCCAGGUAGUACAGGAAGUCUGUGAACCUGCUAUGAGGUUGUUUGGCUACAAAUUGGCAAGUGACUUAGAGACACUUACAAACCGAUCGAUCAGUUUGCUUGAAGACAGGGUUAACUUUUGGGUAACGUAAUUUACUCCUAUUUGACUUAUUUAUAUUUUAGGAAUAAACUGCCAUUAAAUUUAGUGCUUGAAACAGGGGGAGGCAGAUGGGGGGCGGGGGGCAAUUUGCACCUGCUGAGCCGCCAUGUGCUAUCUUAAAAGCCUGUGUGCAUUUUUAGUGAAUUGCUUCCUAAAUUAAGAAGCAUUUUUUUCUUUAUGCAAUAUCAGAGAAGAAGCUGAGGCUGACUUUCUGGAUUGGCUUUAAAAGUGGAUGAUUCCUGCUGAUGUAUAGAAACUGCCGGGAAGAAGGGUUUCUUUCUCUCCCCUCAACAGGCCAAUUUGUGAGGCUGAAUCCAGUUUUUUUUCUGCACUAAAGAGACACACCCAAAGAGUUCCAGGACUCUGCAGA